CCCACCGUUCUAGUGGCAGCGCCUCCACCGGGCAUUCCAUCGGGUGGCACGCUUCGACGAGACGACAGAAGACGUUCGUCGUUCGUUCGGUCAGUCGUGCUCUGACGCCUGUACCGAGCGGUCGGAGUUCAGUGAGUUCAGUCAUCGAGCCGAUACAUAAGACUAUAGGGGACGAGCCGAGAAGUUCGAGCCUUGCUUGCUGCUCCACUUCGUACAGCCGAGUUCUCGGGAUCAGUCCUAAUUCCUUUGAUCUUUGCUCCACCGGCCGCGGUCCACGAUUUUUGGAUUACACCCUCGUGUGGCCCACGGCCCUGUUCCGACGUGUCGAGUGCGUACACGCGGCGAUCUUGGAUUACCAGUGCAGUGCUGCGGCAAAUUGUGCCAGCAAUUUGUCGUGACUACUCUUUCGCUUGACUUAUUUUGUGAUACGACAUGGUGACCGGGGUGGGUGCCACGAUGCCGACCGGCGGUGUCACCGUCGGCGCUACGCCACCGGCGCAACACGUGCCCCAGGAGGCUGGUCAGCCCCCUACGCAAACCACCACCACGACCACCACCACCAGGAGAUCCGGAGAGAAUCGACGGAGCAAUAAACCGAUUAUGGAGAAACGGCGGCGAGCCCGCAUCAACAACUGCCUAAACGACCUGAAGACUCUCAUCCUGGACGCAAUGAAGAAAGACCCAGCACGACACUCUAAGCUGGAGAAGGCGGACAUCCUGGAGAUGACGGUGAAGCACCUGGAGACGCUCCAGCGUCAACAGGUUGCCCUGGCCGCGGCGACCGACCCGAACGUCUUGAACAAAUUCCGGGCUGGAUUCACGGAAUGCGCCGGCGAGGUUGGCAGGUUUCCCGGUCUGGACGCGUCGGUGAAGAGGCGUUUGAUGGCCCACUUGGCCUCCUGCCUUGGACCGGUCGAAGCGAGCAACGCCAACGCGCAGACCGCCAGCCAACAGCCUGUCCAACCGGCGCCACCGACCACGCAGCUCCAGGUCCACAUCCUGCCCCAAGUGGACGCUACCCCAAGGAUCCAGGUCCAACAAUCGAACGGAAUCUUCUUCACCAACGCGAACGGCACCGGUCUACAAUUGGUGCCCACCAGGCUGCCCAACGGAGACAUCGCGCUAGUCCUGCCAGCGGGAGCGAAGGCAACGCCGGUGACGUCGCCAGCUUCCUCGCCCGCGCCACCCUCGCCUCUGCCUACUCUGAUCCCAAUUCCUCAGAGAACGGCAAGCACGGCGUCCGCCUCGUCGUCGACAUCCUCCGCCAGCUCGACGUCCACAUCAGCGGCGAGUCCUGUCGCUUUCGAGGGACCACCGGCGAACUUCCGCGAACAGUCCGCCGCGUUCAACACCGGCAACAGCCACAGGGACGUCGCGACCUCGCCCGCGAACGGCUACACCAGUGACCCCGAGUUCGACCCGCGGGUCUACAGCCCACCGCUCCAGAAACCCCUCGCCCUGGUGAUGAGGAAGAGCGUUGUACCGGAGGUCGAAGACAAACCAUGGAGACCGUGGUAAACAAUCGUGGGGUUGUGAAGUAUACUUAAGACAGAUUGGGAGGUAGAUAGAUAGAGACAGUCUCGAGUGAUAUAUAAUAUAUGUACGUAUAUUAUAUAUGCAUGUACAUGUACUGACUGAAGACACGUGGAUCGGUCGUUCAGCACCGGGAAAGAGAUAAUACAUUACGGACACGGAUAUUGUUCCUUAUCGUAUCGUUAGUAUCGCGUUGUUCUUUAGGGGGGUGAACGGUGUCCUGCCAGCUAGGAGACCGAGUUGAAACGCGAGUUUUAUCGAGUACACCGAGUGCGUACACGUCGGCCAGUAGCCUAUGAGGCAGUGCCUUAUACAGUGCCUUGUAAAUAGUUCUAUCGUAACGUUGGAGAAUCCGGGAGAAUGUAAAAAACGGAGAAGAUUUUUUUCGUUCGAUGUCGAGUCGCGUGGGCUUGGUUCGCGUUAUUCUUUAGACGUUUCGAUUUUGUUUCGCGCGCGGUCCCCGUCCCCUUAAACCAUCCCGAGUUUUUGCAUUCUGUCCCAACUUUUGUCGCCUUGUACAUACGUUUUAGAAGAGUAUCGUAUUUUAAGUGCCUUACGCAACAAGAAUCACCGAGGUCUUCCAUUCUGUUUUCUUGUACGUAGAAGGAAAAAAA